ACGGACUUUUCGUCCCGACUAAAGUCUGCAGAUCAUGACACAACUGGAUCCUACACCCAUUCUUUAGUAAUAAGCAACUUCUCGUACUAGUGUUUUCUCUUACCGAACAAGAAGAAUUCAAAUUCUUAUACCUUUAGGCAAUUCAGAAAUCAUGGACCAGCACGAGCAGUCGCAACGGGGCCGCAGUUCGGGGGUAACCAGUCUUACGAGCGCUGGUCUGCCGCCCUACCACCGAGGAUCUACUGGGAGAAGCUCGUAGUUUUUGCAUUCGUUUCAUUUUGUUCGCGUAUGCGUCUACUUCAGCUACUUCACUGAGCUCUUAUAUGCGUUCUAUUCUAAACAGCUUUUGCUUUUGAUGGUGCUGUGCCUGUUGCGAUAAUUCUGAAAAUUUUUCUGAAACACGCUUUGCACCGUGCUUCUGAACGAAUUAUGAUAAAACCAACUGCAGUAUGAAAACCCAAAAAAUCACAGCGCAACGGCCGCCAACUUGCCACCGACAGGGCAGCAUCAGAUGCAACACCCCAGCGCCGUGAUCAGCACCAGCGGGGCCCCGCGUGGGGUCGAGCGCUCUACUACUUCAACAAGCCACGUGCGAGAGUUGAGUCAGAACAGGCUGCUUCACAGCAGACCACAGCAGAUGAUCAACUUGGUCGGCGAUGUAGCUACAACUAGCAGUGCUCCUCGGGGGGAUCAUAAUUUGCGGCAUCAAAGCAACGUGGGCAUAAUUGGAAGCAACGGGACGGCGCAACAUCACCCCGGUGCUGGUAUAAUUACCAGUUUUAACACGUCAACCUCCGUUGCGGCCUCGAACGCCAGCACAGCAUCCGCGAUAAAUGAGGAGCAGCGCGAAAGGUGGUGCCAGCAGAUGGGUUUGUUGGACCAGCACAACAUUGACGCCAUGCGCUUCAACGCGCAGAAGGAGUUCUUGUUGCAACAAGCUGCGCUCGGGGGAACAAAGACAUCUUCCUCGAAAUCCAGCCAGUAUCAAGUCCUGCUCACAACCCUGUUGACCAAAAUGAACCGGCGGACGCGAGAAAUACGACAAGCGAGGGCAAACAGAAGGAAACAUGCGUCCGGAUUGGGUGUUCCAAAUGGAAGCGGGAACAACAAUCUGCUGAACAAUUUAGGUUUUCACCGCCAGCAAAGACCAACUUCUUCCACACCGGGGUCUGCGAUGAAGGGCAAGCGGAGUCAGGAGUUGGUGUGGGAAAGGGAAACGUAUUUUCGGGAAAUCGAGAAGAAGAUCCGCAAACUGAAUCUCCCGAUCGAGCAGGUUCUGCCCGUAGAGCUGAUCGACUCGAUUGAGGUGGUGGAUGUCGAGCCGGAGCAGGCUGCGGGGAGCGUCUCUGGAGCUACAGUCGGGGCGGG